CAUCUUUCACUAAAUAUUUUAGGGAUCUACAUCUGAGAUUGUGUAUCGUUUUGGGUGUCACUUCAGUACAACACCUUUGCUCCCCACCAUCACGUUAUUUUCAGAGUCAAUCAACUCUCUCCGUAAGUACGCAGAUCCAGAACAGAGUCUGUACUCUCCGGAACUACAGGUAGGAAGGGGAAACAGAUGCAGGGCGGAGCCGGGUCCCCUGCUUUGUGUGGCCAGGAUGGGUUGAGCGCAACUGAAUCUUUGAUCAUCUCCAGGAGGAGUGGAACCCGGCACUCUGCUCAAUUAGCAACGGAGCCCCGCGGAAGGCAUCUGGCGGUGACAUCCCGAAACGAUACCACUGAGCGGGAGCGGCUGGGUGGGAAUAGCUGGGGGCACGGGGCAGAAAGGGCGAUUCCAGGGCUAAGAACAGCCGCGGCCGCCGCGAACAUGGGGCCGAGCGACCGCCCCUCCGGGGCUGCUCCGGGCUCUGCUCCAGGCGGGGGCGGGAAGUGGAGGCUCAGGCUGCGGCUGCAGGGCCACAGUUUCCAGCAGCCUCCUGUGGCGACGAUUCUCUGCCCACCAGCGCAGCAGCUUCGAUGUGGUCUGGCGGCGAGCCCGGCUAGGAGGGCGCAGAGGAACACGUGAUUCCGGUGCCGCGGGCACAGACGGUCUCCUCCCACCGCCUGAGGGGGCAGCAGCAGCGCUCAGAAUUCCUGGGUGAAAAAUCGAGGUUUCCCUGGCCACAUCAUUUCUCCUCUCUAUGGUGCAUCCUGGCACGGAAGUGACGUGAGGCCCUUGGUUUUAUUUCCUCCUUGGAUGAUUCUUUCCCGAGUAACUUCACUUCCGGGAUAGACGGAACUACCUGGUCCCUACCCCCAGCCCACCCCAGUUCUUAGCUCCGCCCUCAGGCUGAUUGAUCUUGGCGUCGCGCUCAGCCCUGCCCCUUCCGCUAUUGUACUUCCGUGUCCCCCUUACCCGGCCUAGGUUCCAUUUCCAGGCCCCGCCCCUUCCUCGAGGAGGCUGCCGCUCGCCGGGAGAGCAGCGCCAGACGGGGGAGCCCGCGCGCCAGAAGCCAGGCUCAGGCACCGGCGCCUGGGCAGUUUCCAUCUCUACUGCUUUCUGCUUCCUCAACAUGGCAGCUGUGGCGGGAGGCGGCACCAGGGCUCCUGGGCCGAGCCUGUCAGGGUCGCACGGCAGCAGGGACCGGACAGUGUUCCUAUUCGACCGGCGCCGGGAGCAGGGGGACCCCAAGGAGAAAGUGCUGCGCUGCGGCGAGGAGACCUACCGCGGCUUCCGCAGCGCCGUGUGCCAGGCACUCUGCAUUUCUUCUGACGAUAACUUUGUUAUCACAACCACCAAUAGAAAAGAGGUUACAGAUGACAACUUCAAUGAAAUUGUUCAAGAAGGGGUUACUUUGUAUUUGCUACAGUCAGUUGACCAGACACUACUUUCAGCAACAAAGGAGCGAAUUGACUUCCUACCACACUAUGACACACUUAUUAAAAGUGGCAUGUAUGAAUAUUAUGCUAGUGAAGGGCAAAAUCCUUUGCCAUUUGCCUUUGCUGAGUUGAUUGACAAUUCUUUGUCAGCUACUUCUCGAAAUACUGGUAUUCGAAGCAUACAGAUAAAAUUGUUAUUUGAUGAGUCUCAAGGAAAACCAGCCGUUGCCGUGAUUGAUAAUGGAAGAGGGAUGACUUCUAAGCAGCUUAACAACUGGGCUGUGUAUAGAUUAUCAAAGUUUACAAGACAAGGUGACUUUGAAAGUGAUCAUUCAGGAUAUGUACGCCCUCCUCCAGUGCCUCGCAGCUUAAAUAGUGACAUCUCAUAUUUUGGUGUUGGAGGCAAACAAGCUGUGUUCUUCAUUGGGCAGUCUGCCAGAAUGAUAAGCAAACCUGCAGAUUCUCAUGAUGUCCAUGAGCUUUUCCUUUCUAAAGAGGAUUUUGAAAAGAAGGAGAAAAACAAAGAAGCAAUAUAUAGUGGAUACAUUAGAAACAGAAAGCCAUCUGACUCUGCUCAUAUCACCAGUGAUGAUGAACGAUUUCUACACAGUCUCAUAAUGGAAGAAAGGGACAAGAAGAGUUUCACUGCGGUGGUCGUUACAGGUGUACAACCAGAUCACAUGCAGUACUUGAAAAACUAUUUUAAUCUUUGGACAAGGCAAUUGGCACAUAUCUAUCAUUACUAUAUCCAUGGACCAAAAGGAAAUGAAACUAAUGCUACAGUGAAAGAAGCUGGACCUUUCAACAACAUUGAUAUUGAGAUUUUGAUGUUUGAAAAAGGAAAGGUACCUAGGAUGGUCAACCUUAGAGAGAUCAAAGAUGACAUGCAGACAUUAUAUAUAAAUUCUGCGGCAGAUAGCUUUGAGUUUAAGUCACAUGUUGAAGGAGAAGGUAUAGUGGAGGGCAUCAUCCGCUACCAUCCUUUCUUAUAUGAUAAAGAAACAUAUCCUGAUGAUCCAUGCUUUCCAUCACGAUUAAAAGAUGAUGACGACGAUGAUGACUGCUUUGUUGUAGAAAAAGGGGCCAGGGGAAAAAGGCCUAUUUUUGAAUGUUUUUGGAAUGGAAGGUUAAUACCAUACACAAGUGUAGAAGACUUUGACUGGUGUGCUCCUCCCAAGAAGAGAGGACUUGCACCAAUUGAAUGCUACAAUCGAAUUUCUGGCACAUUAUUUACCAACGAUAAGUUUCAGGUCAGCACAAACAAGCUUACUUUCAUGGACCUGGAACUGAAGUUAAAAGACAAAAACACUCUUUUUACAAGGGUCUUCAAUGGACAGGAGCAACGAAUGAAAAUUGACAGAGAAUUUGCUUUGUGGCUCAAAGACUGCCAUGAGAAGUAUGACAAACAGAUAAAAUUCACACUAUUUAAAGAAAUAAUUACACGUACUGACUUGACCUCCAAAAGAAUGCAAAGUCCUUGGGCUACAUAUUCUGCAAUAGAGUGGGAUGGGAAAACGUACAGAACUGGACAGUUGGUGAAAACAAUUAAAACUCUUCCAAUAUUUUAUGGAAGUAUCUUGAAAUUUUUUCUAUAUGGAGAUCAUGAUGGAGAUGUGUAUGCUACAGGAGGAGAGGUUCAACUUGCUCUGGAACCUCAAGCAUUGUAUGAUGAAAUAAAAAUUAUUCCAAUCUCAAAACUUGACAGAGCAAUGUCUGAAAAAGUUGUUAAAAAAUACAUUGAAGAUGAAAUGGCAAGACUUCCUGAUAGAUUGUCAGUAACAUGGCCUGAAGGAGAUGAGCUCUUACCAAAUGAGAUAAAGCUUGCUGGUACACCAAUAGGAGCAUUAAGAAUUGAAAUCUUGAAUAAGAAAGGAGAGGCAAUGCAAAAACUUCCAGGUACAAGCCAUGGAGGGUCAAAGAAACUGCUUGUUGAACUAAAGGUUAUUUUGCACUCUCCUGUUGGGAAUAAGGAAAUCAUUUCUCACAUUAGUCAACAUGGGGGUAAAUGGCCUUACUGGUUUAAAAAAAUGGAAAAUAUUCACAAACUUGGGAGCUACACACUGAAGCUGCAAGUCGUGUUGAAUGAAAGUAAUGCAGACACUUAUGCAGGAAGGCCUCUCCCAUCUAAAAUAUUUAAAUUUAAUGUUGUAGAGGGGAAACCAGAAAAAUUUUCAGUGAGUCUUUUGGAUCCUCCAUUUCGAGUUGGAGUGCCUUUUAAUAUUCCUUUGGACCUGCAGGAUGAAUUUGGUCAUCCCACACAGCUGGCAACUGAUAUUGAGCCAAUUCUUGAAGCUAGCGGUUUGACUUUACAAUAUGAAGAAAUAAGUAGAGGAACAAAUUGCGUCAUUAAGGGUGUCACUGCUAAAGGCCACGUAAACAAUUACCUGGGCAAGAAUUUCAAUCUGAAGGUUAUUCUUCCUGGUUUGAAAGAAGAUUCACAGAUCUUGAAAAUAAGAUUACUGCCUGGCCCUCCUCGUCAGUUGAAAGUGAAACCUGAUUCUGAAAUACUAAAGAUUGAAAAUGGGACAUCUUUCCCCUUUCAGGUUGAAGUGUUGGAUGAAGCAGGAAAUAUAACAGCACAACCAAAACUGAUAGUUCAUUGUAAGUUUGUAGGUGCUCCAAAUCUUCCUGUGUAUGCUGUGGAUUGCAGUAAUGCUGGGACAAAUAUUUUAACUGGACCAGUUGUGCAUGUACAGAAUAUAAAGAAAGACCAGAUGCUCAAAGCAAGGAUUGAAAUACCUAGUUGUAAAGAUGUGCCACCAGUGGAAAAGACUAUUAAACUGCUCCCCAGUAGCCAUGUUGCAAGACUACAGAUUUUUAGUGUAGAAGGACAAAAGGCUAUUCAAAUCAAACACCAAGAUGAAAUUAACUGGAUUGCAGGGGAUGUCAUGCACAACCUUAUCUUUCAAAUGUAUGAUGAAGGAGAAAGAGAGAUCAUCAUAACUGCAACUCUAGCAGAAAAAAUUAAGGUUAACUGGACACCCAGGAUUAACAGAGACCAAAUGAUUCAGGGACUACUGCCUGAUGUCAAAGUACCAACAUCUGUAAAAGAUGUGCGUUAUUGCCUAAUUACAUUCCAUGAUGACCAUGUAUCUUUGGAGAGUGCAUUUACAGUCAGACCACUUCCUGAUGAGCCUAAACAUAUUAAAUGCAAAUUAAAAGGACCAAAUACAUUACAGAUGGGUGAAGAGCUACAAAGUGAAAUUGAUGUGAUGGUUACAGACCAGUAUGGGAAUCAGAUUCAGACCCUCUCAGCCUCUUGCAUAAAUUCUUUAGGAGUUUCUGGGAAUGGGCUGGAUAAAUCAAAUUUGAAAACUACGUGGCAGGAAAGUACACAGACCAUGGCAGUCAAAGGUAUUAGGUUUUAUCCAGGCCCUCCUGGAAGCAAAGAAUUGUGUUUUGCUUGGCGUGAAUUUUCUGAUUUUCUCAGAGUAAAUUUGACUUCAGGACCUCCAGUUAAACUACAUCUUAUGGAUUGGCCAGAUUUAGGGGAGCCUAUUUCAGUAAUUAAUGGCAGAGAAUUGCAGAAGCCUCUGAUAGUUCAGCUCUGUGAUCAGUGGGAAAAUCCAUCUCCUGAACCAAAUGUCAAAAUCAGUCUUAUCAAGGCUAGCAACUUAAAGAUCAUUCCUUCAAGCCAACAACAUAAAACAGAUGAAAAUGGUAGGGCUAAUCUGGGAAUAAUUAGUAUUCAUGCACCCAGGGGAGAGCAUACGUUACAGCUUAAAGCCUCAUACAACAGGAACACGUUAGAUUGCCCUAUAAUCAAGUUCAAUGUCUUGCCUGACCCUGAGAAACCUGUGUGUUUGAACGUUAAGUAUGACAAAAAUGCUGCUUUUGCAGCAGGAAGUACCUUCCCUGAUUUUAUGGUUAGUGUAAUUUCUGAAGAUAGCAACAUUAUUAAAAAUAUUAAUCCAGGCCGAGUUUCUAUGAAAAUAUGGGAAGGACAAAGCAGUGGAAACAGAGUACCAGCUAAUGUCACAACUCUUGGCUGUAGUAAAGUCAAGGAUGGCAAGGAUGAAGGCUUCUUUUACUUCAGGGAUAAAAUGGUUCCAGAGAGAGUGGGAACUUACAGCAUCCAGUUUGCUUUUGCGAUUGAUAAGACAAAUGUACUCAGCAGUGAACAGAUUAUAAUUGAAGUGGUAGCUAAUGAUCCAGUGCAGUUGCUACCAGAAUCUCUACCAGCUACUCCUGUAGUUUCUAAUGUUCGAACUGUUGCCAGCCGGACUCUGAUCAAGGAUUUGUGCCUCCAUAUAAAGGAUGAAUACAACAACCGUACAGGAUAUGAUUUGGUUGGCAAGAUAAUAGCUGCAAUUAAGAGUUCCAGUGAAGAAGAUACAGAGAUCCCAGUCUUUCAGGGGAAAGUUAAAACAAUUGAGUUUCCAUUUAACAGAGGAUCUGCUGAAAUCAUUAAUCUAGUGCUGGCAGAAAAUAGCCCUGGAAGAGAUAGCACUGAAUAUAUUCUUGAAUUUGAGGCAGACUUACCAGCUUUGGCAAAACCUCUGGAACCAUACCGUCUAUCAUUUAUGUUUUACAAUGAUUUUAAGAAACAGCAGCGAAUGGCAACGCUUACAAGAGAGAAAGAUGAACUAUCUAAGUCAAUAGCUGUAUACAGAAAUAUGUUUGAUACCACUGAGCAGCUUAUUACUGAAAUGAAAUAUCAGGUCCAGGAAGCUGAAACAAAACAAUCUCACCUGAAGAAUGAACUGAAACAGCAUCAAAUUAAUAUUCCACAGACAAGCAUAUUGCAAUAUGUUGAUUCUCUCAUAAAACAAAAGAGAUUGGAGCAGGAAGGAGUAAAGAAAUCUCCAAGAAGAGCAUGUACCCUUUCAAACUAUCCCAAAGACAAUCAGGACAUUUUAGGGAAGAUUGCACAUUUAGCACAGAUUGAGGAUGACAAAGCAGCGAAGGUCAUCUCUUGGCAUAUGGCUAGUGAUAUGGACUGUGUAGUCACCUUAACUACUACUGCUGCUCGUCGUAUUUUUGAUGAAACCCAGGGUCGACAGCAAGUCUUGCCUCUUGAUUCUGUUUACAAGAAGACUCUCCCAGAUUGGAACAGGACUUUACCUCACUUACGAAAUGGAAGAAAUCACUUCAGACCUAUUGGAAACCCUGUAUUUGCCAGAGAUUUGUUAACAUUUCCAGAGAAUGUAGAGCAUUGUCAGAUAGUGUUCGGGAUGCUCUUAGGUGACACCAUCAUUAUUGACAAUUUGGAUGCUGCCAAUCAUUACAGAAGGGAGGUUGUAAAAAUCACACAUUGCCCAACAUUACUGACUAGGGAAGGAGAUAGAAUUCGCAGCAAUGGGAAGUUUGGAGGCCUUCAAAAUAAAGCUCCUCCAAUGGACAAACUCAGAGGAAUGGUAUUUGGAGCACCAAUGCCAGAACUUUACAGUGUUCUUUCUGGGCAGAUAGAUCUUCUUCAGCAAUACCGUACAGCUGUGGUCAAACUGCAUAGUGUUAAUCAGGAUCUUCAUUUACAAUUACAGUCCCUUAAUACUCCAGAGAUGCAAAAGAGAAAACAGGAGCUUGCUGAACAAGAGAAAAGUCUCAAGCUAAUAGAGGAGAAACUGGGCAUGACCCCAUCAGGUAAAGGCACUGAAUCAUUACUUCCGCUAGAAGCACUUGAUAUAUCUGACAGUCCCACUCCUCCCAAAAGAAUGAGAAGAUAAACAGUAAAAAAAAUUAUAUAGUUCAGAAGAAUAUCGCCUCUCCUAUGAAGAAGCAGCAGCCAGUGCAAACCUCCAUAGCAGAAUUGAGUGGGACCCUAUGAAAGGGAAAGGCAUAGACCAAUCAGAUUUGGUGGAAAGUAAUUGUGUAUUGAAAAAUGUAAAUAACCUCUAAUUUUUUGUAAAGUUAAUUUUUAUUUCUAUAAAAGCUUCCAGAGUUUUUAGUUUCUUGAAUGUGGAAAAGCUUUAAAAUAUACCCUUGUUUAUUUAUGCAAUAAAAUUGCUGCAAUACAAAGAGCACUGCAAAUACAAUAUAUUGUGGUGAUUUAAGGCUGCAGUAAAUGUAAUUAAAUAUGACUUUAAUUUUGAA